AUGUGGGAGUUCAGGCUCCUGCGGUCGCCGCCGCCGCUGCUGCUCUUCCUGCCGCAGCUCAGCCUCGGAAUCGCCGCGUCCCGCUCGCAGGCCGAAACCAUGAACCGGGGCGGCGGCAGCGGUGCGCGAUGCUCCCCCUUGGCGGAGGGGCGCCGGCCGCAGUGCCUGCAGCUGUCCACGGUGCCGGGAGCUGACCCGCAGCGCAGCAACGAGUUGCUCCUGCUGGUGGCGGAGACGGCGGGGGAGGGACCGGAACGGCGGGCCCUCUCUGGGGACCCGGCGAAGGAGGAACCGCAGUCAGCGCCCCAGCAUCACGUUCUCUAUUUCCCUGGGGAUGUGCAGAAUUACCAUGAAAUUAUGACUCGUCAUCCUGAGAAUUAUCAGUGGGAAAACUGGAGUCUAGAAAAUGUUGCCACCAUUUUAGCUCACCGGUUCCCCAAUAGUUAUAUUUGGGUGAUAAAGUGUUCCCGAAUGCAUUUGCACAAAUUCAGCUGCUAUGACAAUUUUGUGAAAAGUAAUAUGUUUGGGGCUCCAGAACACAAUACUGACUUUGGAGCUUUUAAGCACCUUUAUAUGUUAUUAGUUAAUGCUUUUAACUUAAGUCAGAACAGUUUGUUAUCAAAGAAGAAUGUGAAAGAUUUGAAUAAGGACUCCAAAGCAUCUAAUUGUAGAUCCAGUUCUUCUCACACUACUAAUGGUUGCCAGGGAGAAAAAGAGAGGACCUGUGAAAAAUUUGGUGAGUCCACCAUGAGUUUUUACCCACCAUCACUGAAUGGUGCUUCUUUUACUUUGAUUGGAUUCAGUAAAGGUUGUGUUGUUUUGAAUCAAUUGCUUUUUGAAUUAAAAGAAGCCAAGAAAGACAAGAACAUAGAUGCUUUUAUCAAAAGCAUAAGAACAAUGUACUGGCUGGAUGGCGGUCAUUCUGGAGGAAGCAAUACUUGGGUUACUUAUCCAGAGGUCUUGAAAGAAUUUGCACAAACAGGGAUUAUUGUUCAUACCCAUGUAACACCUUACCAAGUAUGUGAUCCAAUGAGAUCUUGGAUUGGAAAGGAGCACAAGAAAUUUGUUCAGAUUCUUGGAGAUUUUGGUAUGCAGGUGACUAGCCAAAUUCAUUUUGCAAAGGAAGCUCCUUCCAUAGAGAAUCACUUCAGGGUUCAUGAAGUAUUUUGA